CUGCGUCUCUAUGGUUCCGGGGCGCCGCAUUGGACCGGAAGUGGCGGGAAAGUCAGCGAGGAGGCCGCCGCCUGAGGAUGCCCACCGCCAAGCAGCUGGCCGACUUCGGGUACAAGGCCUUCUCGGGCUCCAUGAUGGUGCUGACCCUGUACGGCGCCUUCCUGUGCAGCGCCCGCGCCUACCGUUUCUUCCAGCGCCGCAGCGCCCUGCGCCAGGCGGCCGAACAACAGGCCGACCCGCCCGCCCUGCGAGACUGACGGCCUCGGACCCCCCGCCCGCCGCGCCCGGCCAUGUUGGGGGGCGACGCACCCGGAUGAAACGGAUCCGGUCGAACUCAUCGCCCGGCUCGUCCACGGUCACCCCCCCCAUCCACGCCCCCCAACGGGUACCGAGAAGAGAGGGAGCAUCCCCUCUCCCCUGAGCUUCGUCCCGGAGAUGGGGCGGGGAUAAUAACUGUUAUAUGUAAGUGAUUAAUAAUAAUAAUUAAGGUAUUUUU